AGAGAGAGAUGGGGAGAAGAGGAAAGAGAGAUAAUGCUCAAUGUAACGGGGAACAGGACUCUUGGGAUGCUCUAACUUUACUGAAGAAAGCUGCUUUCUGUAAGUCUCUGCAGAGCCAACACUCAGAGUGAGAGGUCUGAACCCUCGACAGCCUUCAGGCAACUUUGUUUGGCUGACGGCCAAUUUGCAGUGAGAUGUGAGGAACUGGAUCGCCACCAGCCAAACCUAAGGACUUCCUGUCUGCUAUUAUGGAAAACCGCCAUCUUGGUGCCAACCAAUAGAGAUUUCACCUCCACCUGUUGGCGGAACUGUUAGCUGAGGAUUACCGGAAUCAUUUAGUGUCCAAUGAGAUGCUAGAAAUCCUUGCUUCAAGUGUUCUUUCCAGGUGAAAUGAUGAUCCUGUUGCUCAAGUGAAGUGUUCUUCAAGAAGACACGUUCUCUCUGAAGAUUUGUGGUAACCCUAGAAACCCUCAUCUCCUUAUUUGGAAUGAUGCCCUCUCCAUCUCCUCCCUCCCAGCCCUACCUCGCUCCCCGCUUUGUCUUUUUUGUCGGACUGCUGCUUUUGGUCAGUUGGGGGCCCUCGGAGGUCAGUUGCCAAAAUGACACGGAGCCAAUUGUGUUGGAAGGAAAAUGUCUGGUGGUGUGUGACUCCACCCCCUCUGCGGAGCCAUCGGGCAAUGCUCUGGGCAUGUCUGUGAGGUCAGGAACAGGCCGGGUGGCGUUUUCAGCCAUCAGAAACACCAACCACGAACCCUCGGAGAUGAGCAACCGCACCAUGACCAUCUACUUUGACCAGAUCCUAGUAAACGUUGGAAGCCAUUUCGAUCCAGCGAGGAGUAUCUUCGUGGCCCCGAGAAAAGGAGUCUACAGCUUCAGCUUUCAUGUUGUCAAAGUGUACAACCGGCAGACAAUUCAAGUGAGUUUGGUUCUCAACGGCUGGCCGGUGAUUUCCGCCUUCGCAGGCGAUCAGGAUGUGACCAGGGAGGCCGCCACCAACGCCGGGCUGGUGAUGAUGGAGAGAGGAGACAAGGCUUACCUCAAACUGGAGCGGGGGAACCUGAUGGGAGGGUGGAAGUACUCCACCUUCUCCGGGUUUCUGGUGUUCCCCUUGUAGACUUGUAGGCUUUGGGUGGGUUUAUGUUUAUCGUCAAAGGUGUAAAAUAUAGAAUGUUAUUUGACAGAAAAAUAAUGGAUACACAUUGAAUUCAAUCAAACUGCUUUGAUGCAUCUCCAUGUGUCGGAUGAAUGGGUGGUUUCACUCAGAGCCAAAUAUUCCUGAAUGUAAUUUCCAUUUCCAUUGCACUUUUAUGGCUUACUUUUAAUGUGUAAUGUGUCGUCUAUGCUUGCUCACACCAGGUGUCAGCCCUAGACUGUAUAUAAAGAUGGAUGACAUGGCAGUGCCCCAAAAGUGAAGCCAAAACAUCUCUAGGCCCCCCUGGUAGCCGGCUGCAGCAUUGGUCAUAAACCCUACCCCCACCAUGGGGGUUCAAAAUAAAAUAUCAAAGUCUACGUUAUAUUAAUAUCCCCCAAAGAUGAUAUCUGUCAGUUUAGGGUUUUUUUUGUGAAGCUAAUGAAUGUUUCUAGUGUCAAAUAUUCUUAUAAGUUUGGUUUUAACUAGUUAUUUGAUGCUGUAGAACUGCUAUGUUUGGACAAGGCUCCACCAACCAAUCACCACUGCACAGAGUCUGGCUCCAAAUGAUGUCACCAGCACAACAUGGCAGCAUCCGUAUCCAGGAUAUGUACAUAUAAUAUAUAAUCAGGGGGCUUCCACUUUAAGUCGUUUUGAAAUCUUCUGUUUUUAGAGCGUAUAAGUGUGAUUACUUUGCUUCAAGGCACCAGAUAUAUCAUCCUUUACUUGCCAAAUUGUUGUUUUUAAGCUUAAAUUAAGCUGUUAAUAAGUUUCAAUAUGUGUUCCAGGCUAAAAGCAACCAUUUAGAUUCCAAAUAUUUGAUCAGUUUAUCCAAAUAAUGCCUAUUUGGAAAUUUGUACCAAUGUUUUCAGAGUGUUUAGGAACUGCUGGCUGCAUGACAUGAGCCACAUGUUGACAGUGUUUCUGUAUUUACUCUCAAAGGGGUCUAAAACCUCUACACUUAAACCAGAACAACUGAUACAACUCAGUUAGAAGUGGAAAAGCCACAAUUUUCCAGGGCAAACGGUGAAUAUACAGUCUAUGGUGCCAGUCAGAGAUUGUGUUUUUCUUUUAAUGCAUGAAAUACAGGGUAGUGUAUAAUCUUUGUGUAAAUAAAGAAAAUUAUUGCA